CAUCGGUUGCGCAGCAGUAAAGAAAAGGCCUAAUUGGUAAAUUCGCCAUAGCAAUUCCCAACGGCUCCUUUUCAAAAUAUAGCCGUUAACACCUUCUUGCGGUCUUGCCCAACUAGGAAAAAAGUCAUGUACAGCUCGCAAAAAAACCUAAAUCGCGACUUGAUCGCAUAUAAACCCUAAAAUCCACAAUUUCCAUUAACCAUUCAGGCAUCUCUCUCUCUCUCUCUAUAGCCCGCCUUGAUUUUCCAUAUUACAGUUCGAUUGAUUGUGGUGUUAAUUAAAUUAAUCUGUAGUUAUUUUUCUAACCGACUCUUUACGUUUGAGCCUUCUUAUACCUUUGAUUUGUUGCAGGGCAAUUUAUUUUCAGUCUGUUGAAUCGUACUCAUACGCAGUAGAUAUAACUCAAUUCGUGUAAUUCUGGUUAUUCCUUUUAUUAUUGCCAUUAGUUUGUUGUCCUAACGUGAUGGAGACAGGAAUGGUUCACUCGUCUGCGUCUUCGAACAAGGCUCGACCUCGAUGCCCACUACAGGAACAACUCCUGCAGAGAAGAAACUCGAGGGAGAAUUUGGAUCGGUUCAUACCUAAUAGAUCGGCCAUGGAUUUUGAUUAUGCGCACUACAUGCUUACAGAAGGUAAGAAAGGUAAGGAAAAUCCCGUAAGCUCUUCUCCUUCUAGGGAGGCGUACAGGAAGCAUCUUGCUGAGACCUUCAACAUGAACCGCACCCGAAUUCUAGCUUUCAAGAAUAAGCCUCCAACACCAAUAGAGGCCAUCCCAAAUGACAUCUCAUUGGCCACUCACCAAGUCAAGCCCACUAAACCCCGUCGGCACAUUCCCCAGACUUCGGAGAGGACGCUAGAUGCCCCUGAGAUUUUGGACGACUACUAUCUGAAUUUACUGGACUGGGGCAAUAGUAAUGUUCUUUCGAUUGCUCUUGGAAACACCGUAUAUUUGUGGGAUGCUUCAGAUGGGAGUACCUCGGAGCUUGUUGUUAUCAACGAGGAAAGUGGGCCAGUGACCAGUGUGAAAUGGGCUCCUGACGGUAGGCACAUUGCUGUUGGUCUGAACAACUCCGAGGUCCAGCUGUGGGACUCGACUGCUAAUAGACUGCUGAGAACCCUGAAAGGCGGCCAUGCAUCCCGUGUAGGCGCACUCGACUGGAACGGCCACAUCCUGACAACUGGCGGAAUGGACGGCCGCAUCAUCAACAACGAUGUGCGCGUGCGGGCCCACAUAGUCGAAACCUACAUCGGCCAUCGUCAGGAGGUUUGCGGGCUCAAGUGGUCGGGCUCGGGCCAGCAGCUAGCCAGCGGCGGCAAUGACAAUCUCCUUCACAUAUGGGACCGUUCAGUAGCCUCGUCAAGCGGGCCCACACAGUGGCUCCACAGGCUUGAGGACCACACUGCAGCAGUUAAGGCUCUUGCUUGGUGUCCUUUCCAGGGGAACUUGCUGGCCUCGGGAGGUGGAGGAGGAGAUAGGUCUAUCAAGUUCUGGAACACGCACACAGGCGCAUGUUUGAAUUCAGUGGACACGGGUUCUCAAGUGUGUGCCCUUUUGUGGAACAAAAACGAGCGGGAGUUGCUGAGUUCACACGGGUUUACUCAGAAUCAGCUUACUUUGUGGAAAUACCCGUCGAUGGUGAAGAUGGCUGAGCUCACGGGGCAUACAUCUAGGGUGCUUUUCAUGGCUCAGAGUCCGGAUGGAUGUACAGUUGCAUCUGCAGCUGGGGAUGAGACUCUGAGGUUUUGGAAUGUUUUUGGGACUCCUCAAGUUGCUAAACCUUCCCCAAAGACAACUGCUACUGCUACCGAGCCGUUUGCUCACUUGAAUCGUAUUAGAUAAAUUGGCGAAAAUGCUGCAUUAUAUUUUUGUUUGUGUGUGUUGGAUUCCAAAGUGGAGAGGAGAGAGAGAGAGAGAGCUGCCUUUGGAUACCAAACAUCAAUAGAACAAAUGUGCUGCNCGUUUUCCUUUUCUUGUU